UCUAAGCUGCUCCUUGCUCGCAACUGUGAUUGAACAAAAAAAGCGUUGCUGCUAAUGCUGCUUGCUUAGCUUAGUGCGCGAGUGUAUGUGUGUAUGUGUUGCAGUUCACGACGUUCACGUUCGUUCGUGUGUAGACUGUGUACUUGUAGGUUGUAGGAGUUGUAUACGCGAUACAUUUACUUACUGCAAGCCCAAGCACUGGCACUUGCAGGCAGUAGCUGCAGUCUUAGGUACAUAGUUUUAGCAGAGAUUCAAGUAUAACAGUGAGCAUUGAACAAUGGAACUGUGCCUCUAAGUGUAAUACACGUAUACUUGUACACCUAUAAUUAACAAAUAUACUAACAGGCAUAGUUGAAAAAAAAGCCUGUUUCUGGUGUCUGCUGCUGUCUGUUCGUUGUCGUCUCCGUGUGUAUAUAUCCCAUCCAUCCCCUGCACUCCUAUAUACACCCGUUGCCGUGUGUGCGCGCCCGUGCUGCUGCUCUGCUUGCUAUACAUAUAUAGUAUAUAGUGCACACAUUUUACCUCUUCCGUGAUCGCCAUCGCCGUCGUCGUCGUCGGGGUGUGCGCGUGUCAAAAUAGCAGAAGCAGAGGAGCAGCACCUACAGUCAGCCAACAUAAGUGAAUAAGUACCAGUGAAAUCGCGAGUAUAAGGUCCCGAGUAGGAGGAGAAAAAGGUGCUGUAAUGGCUGCCGUACCAUGAAAUGAUGUGAAUGAAGGUACCCGUCAACAAAAACGUCCACGUACGUAGGAUGGAGGAGUUGAUCAACGCCCCGUCGAACGUAGCCUUCGCAGCAGCAGCAGCGACAGCCGCCGCCUCGUCCCAGCAAAAUCACAAUGGCAGCGCCAACAACGGUGGCGGCGUUGCCGUUGCUGGGGUCGGUCUGCCCUCAAUUGGCGGCAUCAACGUCUCCCUUAACUCGAACAACAAGCACCAGGCUAACUCAAACGUCGUCGUCGUCGAUACCGAUAUUCAGGGUCCUGGUGGCCCAGCUGCUGGCAUCGUGGGAGGCCAGCCGCCCAGCAAAGAGCAGAACUUACACUACACGAUGCCCGGGGUCCUGCACUAUCUGCAACACGAGUGGGCCAGGUUCGAGCUCGAGAGGUCCCAGUGGGAGCUCGACCGGGCUGAGUUUCAGGCGAGAAUAGCUUUCCUGCAGGGCGAGAGGAAGGGCCAGGAGAACCUAAAGACAGAUCUCGUGCGGCGCAUCAAAAUGCUGGAGUUUGCGCUCAAACAGGAAAGGGCAAAGUAUCACAAAUUGAAGUACGGCACGGACCUGAUUAUACCGGGGGACGGCAAGCCCUUCGAGGAGGGUAGUAUUUGCGCGACGACCGAGAAUCAGUUGUCCGACAACGAGGCGCCCUUUACGUCUGUCAAUAACAUCAGCUGGAGACAAGGACGACAAUUGUUGAGACAGUAUUUACAGGAAAUCGGUUACACUGACACAAUAAUAGAUGUACGAUCAAACAGGGUAAAGUCCCUACUCGGUUUGAAUAACAACACUGACUCAGAAGAAACAAAUACUCAAGGUUUAACAGGAAAUCAGCGCUGUAAUUUAAGCUCUAAGCUUCGUACAUCCGCGGGAGUCUGUCGUCCGACAAGUAUGGCCGAGGCUAUGAUUAUGAAAACAGAAGCAGCUGUGAUGGCGAAUUUCGAAUUUCUUGCCCAUACAGAUAUUGACAUUGAAGAAGACGAAAAUGACGGUGAAGAGGAGAUUUAUGACUCAAAUACAGACUCUAAGCAAAAUAAAGUAAGCGACAACAUCAUUUUCAACAGCAAUGACUUUAACGCAACGUCUAUUAUGUUAGGAGAAGAUGUUGACGCAGAAGCGGAAGAAGUUUUAAACGAAUUGAAUCUUUUAACGGAACAUGAAGAAGCAAUUAUACACGUAGAUAUGGACACUAGUAAUUGGAAUGCAGUUCAUAGAGGAAUGCAAUCGGAUCCCAGACGACCUGGCGAAGAAAGUGGAUCGUCAUUGGGCUUAGGUGAAUUAGCUCAGUUAACUGUCAAUAAUGAUGCCGAAGCAGCAUAUGAUAUACAGGCAAAUAAUGAAGAACCACUUAGAAAAUCAUGGAACGCAAAAUAUACUCUACGUUCGCAUUUCGAUGGUGUCAGAGCACUCGUUUUUCAUCCAACGGAGCCAGUUUUAAUAACUGGAAGCGAUGAUCAUACACUUAAACUAUGGAAUCUUCAAAAGACUGUUCCUGCAAAAAAGUCAGCAUCAUUAGAUGUAGAACCAUUGUACACAUUUAGGUCGCACACAGGGCCUGUUUUAUGUUUAGCGAUGGACAACACGGGAAGUCACUGUUAUAGCGGCGGACUGGACAGCAAAAUACACUGUUGGACACUACCGCCGGCUAACAUAGAUCCUUACGACUCGUACGAUCCUAGUCUGCUUAGUCAAACGUUCACGGGACACACGGACGCCGUUUGGGGCUUGAGCAUGUGCCACUCUCAUUCGCAACUGCUGUCUGUCAGUGCGGAUGGUACCGUCAAGCUCUGGAGUCUCUCUAGCAAAGUUCCGCUACUCAACACUUACACAUCUGAGCGAGAUAGGAAUCCUACAUCGGUAGAUUUCAUAAGAGACGAGCCGCACAAGCUGGUCGUUGCGUACGAAGAAGCGUGUGUAAUUUAUGAUGCCGAGACAGGCGUGGUUGUAUCGAGAUUGUCGGGCAAUGAAAUUCAGGGCGUUAAUCGACUUGUGGCUCAUCCCAUACUUUCACUGGUCGUGGCGGCCAACGAAGAUCGUCAUAUUCGUUUUUAUGAUCACCGUUCCGCCAGCCUCGUACACGCAAUGGUGGCGCAUUUGGACGCUGUUACUAGUCUUGCUGUAGAUCCUAAUGGUCUUUAUUUACUUUCUGGAAGUCAUGAUUGCAGUAUAAGGUUGUGGAAUAUGGAUAAUAAGACUUGUGUCCAAGAGAUAACAGCACAUCGUAAAAAGUUUGAUGAAAGUAUUUUAGACGUAGCAUUUCAUCCUUCGCGGCCAUUUAUCGCAAGUGCAGGCGCCGAUGCUCUCGCCAAAGUAUUCGUGUGAAUACCAAAAUCAGAUCGGUCAAACUGUCUUGGUCUGAGUCAUUUAAUGGUUUUUGUACUCAUAUUUUUUGUAGAUUUACGUGUACGCAUCACACUUCCAAAUCCGUUUUAAAUUAAGAUAUUAUUAUUAAAAAAAUAGAAGUAACUUUUUAGAGGAAAAAAAAAAAAGAAAAAUAAACAAAUACCUUAUUAAAUGUUCAGAUACACAGCAUAAGGUACGAUUAUUGUAUAAUUUUCAAAAUUAAAACUAUUUCAAGUUGAAUCAAUUUUUUGUUAAUAAAAAGAUCACUUGUUGGUAGACAUCCAGUGUGAAUGUGAAUUUGCAUAUAUUAUAUAUAAAUAUAUAACACUACGAUCUGCCAUUCCUCGUUUAAACAAACGCAGCCGUUAAAAUCGUUCAGUGAUUUCGUCUUCUGUUAUUUACGGAAACAAUGAAUUUUAGUCAAGGAUAUUACGUGCAUACAACUCUUAGUUGUGCCUUGGAUUAUUUUAUGAAUAAUAGUACAAAACAUUGAAUACGAAAA